AUGUGGUGGAUGCUGUUUCCGCGCUGGAUCUGGUUUUUUGUUGGGCAGUGGAUUGUCCUGCUCAUGGACGGCCGCGUGAAGGGUAUGGCUCUGCCAAGAGUUGUAUAUUCUCAUGCGGGUAUCUGUCCAAACGAGAUGAACCCCAAUUUAUGGGUGGAUGCCAUGAGUACUUGCAUGCGGGAGUGCGAAUCUGAUCAGGAAUGUGAGACUUUUGAAAAGUGCUGUCCAAAUGUCUGUGGGAACAGGAGCUGUGUGGCUGCCCGCUACAUGGACAUCAAGGGGAAAAAGGGUCCCAUGGGAAUGCCCAAGGAAGCAACAUGCGACAAGUUCAUGUGUGCCCAGCAGGGCUCUGAGUGUGACAUCUGGGAUGGGCAGCCAGUGUGCAAGUGCCGGGACCGCUGUGAGAGGGAGCCCAACUUCACCUGCGCCUCAGAUGGCAUGACUUACUACAACAAAUGCUACAUGGAUGCGGAAGCCUGCUCAAAGGGCAUUUCGCUGUCCGUAGUGACCUGCAGGUACCAUCUCACCUGGCCUAACACCAGUCCACUUCCUGUGGAGACCACCGUCCGCCCAACCACGGCUCUUUUGGAGACCACGCCCAUGGACAUCCAGCCUCCAAUCAUGGUCAGCAACCCUGUUCACCAGUCUGUGUUUGUGGGCGAGACUGCCAGCUUCUUGUGUGAGGUGACAGGAAAGCCUAAGCCAGAGAUCACUUGGGAAAAACAGAUGGAAGGGAAGGAAAACAUUGUCAUGAAGCCUAAUCAUGUCCGUGGGAAUGUGGUGGUCACCAACAUCGGCCAGCUGGUCAUCUACAAUGCCCAGAUCCAGGACGCUGGCAUCUACACCUGUACGGCAAAAAAUUCAGCUGGUCCCAUACAUGCACACUUUCCCCUUUCUGUAAUCCAGAGGGACCCUGUCAAGAAGGAUGACCAAAAGAAUUCCACUGUCUUUCCUGCAGAGGAGUGUCUGAAGAUACCAGACAGCGGAGACUGUGGGGAGGAAAAGAUGAGCUGGUACUAUGAGGCCAAAAAGAACAACUGCUUCACCUUUAGCUAUGGCAACUGCAACAACAAUAUGAACCACUUUGACACCUAUGAGUCAUGCAUGCACUCCUGUGGUGCAGAAGUAGCUAACACCUGUGGCCUUCCCACCUUACAGGGUCCCUGCAAAGCCUAUGAGCCCCGCUGGGCGUACAGCAGCGUGACAAAGCAAUGCCAGUCUUUCAUCUACGGGGGCUGUGGGGGUAAUGCCAACAACUUUGAGAGCAAAGAAGCCUGUGAAGACAUGUGUCCCUUCCCCAAAAACCAGAACUGCAAGAUGUGUAAGCCACGACAGAAAAUGGUGACCAGCUUCUGCAAGAGUGACUUCGUUAUCUUGGGUCACAUGACAGAGCUGACGGAGGACCAAGACUCUGGUCAUGCCCUCAUCACAGUGGAGGAGAUUCUGAAAGAUGAAAAGAUGGGGCUAAAGUUUUUUGGCAAGGAGCCCUUGGAGGUGACCCUACUGAACAUGGACUGGAACUGCCCCUGCCCCAACAUUACCAGUACCGACGGGCAGGUGAUCAUCAUGGGAGAUGUGCACAAUGGCAUGGCUGUGCUGCAGCCUGACAGCUUUGUGGGCACAUCCAGCGUCCGCCGUGUGCGUAAGCUUCGUGAGGUCAUCCACAAGAAGACCUGUGACAUUUUGAAAGAGUUCCCCAGCAUUCAGUAGGUCUGGUGAUGACAAGCUGUACACAUCUUGACUGCAUUGUUUCAAAAGAUAUUUAUAAAGAUAGUGUCCUUGAAAAGUUUAAUUUCUAGUUUCCUGAGUGAUAUCCUAAACAGAAUAAAUGAUAAAAAAUAUAAAUAAACAAUAAAUAACGGUUAUAAUAGUUCACAAAUGUUACUUGCUACACCUUUACUUGCUGUACACUCACAUGCAGUACCUGUUGCUAACUUUAUUUAUUUUAAAUACACGGCAGCUUGUGUAUACUAUUGUUUGUUUUAUUGUUUAAAUACCACAAUAAACCCUGUCCAAUAAAUUUGAUAAAUUUGAUAACUCAGUUGACACAUUUUAAGUACCGCACUUUAUUGACAAGGAAAUGUGCAAUUAAAUUGGAACACAUUUCUUUGUAAAAAUGAUGCUAAAGAUACAUUAAAAAAUCUCCCCUGUGGUUCUCUGACUUCAUGCUUUGAUCAGCUGUAUUUGUUUUGAAGGGGUAACGGCUUGGUCGCAUGAAGAGGUUGGUUGACAUGUUUUUUGACAUUGGAACCUAUUAACAAGUCAAGUUGUCAUCAGAAUCUCUGCUCUCUUCCUGCCUUUGUCUCUGCAUGCUUCAAAGCAGUGGUAACCAACCGUACUGUAGGUUUUCACUCACACCCUAACAAAGCACAUCUUUAACAGUUAGAGAUGUUGUUGAGCUCCUAAUUAGUAGUAGGUGUGCCAGUAGGGUAAAGUGAAAACAUACAGGAUGGUAAAUCUCCAAGAAUAGGGUUGGUAACCAUUGCUUCAAAGGCAUGUCACGCUUUAAAUUUGAUUCGCAGGAUUGGCUCUUCUUAAGCACUUACAACAUUGCAUACUGUACAUGUAUUUUAGUGAAAUUAAUAUCUGAGCUUAGCUUUAUUUUUUUCUGUGUGAUGGAAAUGACCUAGUGCCUCUCAGGCAGUAAUACAGAACCAUUAAAAUGUAAGGUUUUAAUGUUAUAUUUAGUCGUUAGUUAAAGGUUACUAACAGUCAGAUGGGAAAAGGCAUGCAGUAAACCUUUUGUAAUAUAUUCAAAACUGCUCAAAGCACUUGAACAAGUUGUAAUAUAUUCUCUCUAAGGUUAAUUACUACAGACUCCAGGAAUCAGAGUGUUUGUAUUUCCAAAUGUAGCACCUUGUUAUUCUGCUAGAAUAUAAAUGUACAUGUAUUUUGUAUGCCUGAUAUUGCAUUUUUUUCUAUUUAUUUUUGCUUUCUUCUGUCGCUUUUUUGAUUUGAAUAAAGAAAAUCUUUUAUACGAUAUAUUUUUCUUAAGCACUUAAGGUAAUGUAUUUUCUUUAUACGUUGACAUUUUCCCAGACAUAACACAAUUACAUUCC